GUCAUAGCUGAACUCAGGACAAGCAUUUCCUCCCUGACAGAGCAGAACAGCCGGCAGCAGCUUGCGGCCGAGCAGCGGCUCCAGGAAGUUGUACAGAAGUUGGAAGAUGAGAAGCAGCAGCUGAUGAGAGAUAAUGACAGAGCAAUCAAGGCCUUAGAAGACAAAGUGGAAAGGUACCGUGCUCAGCUCUGUGCUACAGAGAGGAAACUGCAACACUUGAGCCUGCAGAGCCAAGAGCAGUUGAUCAAUAUGCAAGAAGAACAUGAAAAAAUCCUUAAAGGGAUGAUGCCAGCAUCUUCCAGAAAGGAACUUGAAGACACCAUUGUGUCUUUAAAAUCUCAGGUAUGUUUUCUGCAGAAAAGAGUCCACCAGGAAGACCUGAACACCUCCCACCCCAAAAAGUAUGACUUUACCUUUGAUCCCUUCCUACUGUUUCACACCUGUGGAUCUUGA